UGAUAAGUCGAAGUAAAAUAGCUGUGCUAUAUAUAGUAGUCCCGGCAUGAUUCACAUCAGACACAGUGAUCUAUUCAACCAUGCAGUCUCGCCAACCGCGCGUAUAGAACUCUUCUUCGUGGCAGUAUGUUUCUGAACGCGGGGAUUUCCGACGUUUCACGUAUAAAUUGAAGCAAUCAAGUUCAGUCCACGAGUGAAGGGGUUCGUGUUCAAAUGUAAAGUCGAAUUUACUAAAUCCUUGUCGAGUGUGUUGGCCAUUUCUUUGUUUCUUUCGUUUAUCUUUGCUUUGACGUAAGCAGAUCCUUGAAUCGCUUGAUUAAAAAAUCUGCUGUACAGCUGAAAGCUUUCGGAUAAGAGAUCAAGAAAAAAAGGGAAAAAAGAGGCGCGAUGACAAUAACCGGUAUCCACGGAGAUGGCGCCAAAAUGGACGACUUGGUUGACAAAGUGAACUCACUGGUGAUCACGGAUGGGAUAGGCGAUUCUAAUAAUUGUAAGGUCUGCAAUAACGAUGGCAAAUCCUUGUCGGUUGCACAGAAGUUAGUGUUCCACCAAGUGCACAGUUCGAUCGACAAUGGAACGAACAAAGUGAUCCUGAUCGACGCGCCGAGCGGCACUGGUAAAAGUUACCUGCUAUCCAAAUUGGCGUUGAAAUAUGCCGACUCGUUGCAAUUCGCCGUAUUCAGGAAGGACCAGUCGAGUGAACUUUCGUUAAGGCAGAUCGACUCGUACACUUACGUGUCCUACAACAUGCGAAAUUUUAAGUUACGUUAUCACGAGGCGAUACACAUGUUCAAAGUGGGUGGCCUGAACAACAUCGACGUACUCUUCUUGUUGCUAACGUACGCGCAAAAGUACGUUCACGUACGUCACUCGGUCAAAGUGAUCAUCCUCGAUGCAUACACUAUCGCUUCGCCGCUGAUGUUGUUAUUACUGUAUAUCGUGUCGCUGAAGAAUGACAUGACGUUGAUCUUCGCCGGCAAUAAGUUGCAGCUAGGCGCCAUAAACAGAUCAGCCAUACACGGCAGGAGCAACUUCGACAUCCUCGAGAUAUUCAGUCAUCAGACGAUAUACGAGCUGACCACGAACAUACGCUCCACCGAGAGCCAGUUCUUGGACAAACUGUCGCGUUACCGUGACAUGCUCGCCAGUUACAGUUCUAGAGGGGAUGCCCCGUUCCAUUUCAAUUUACGAUAUUUUUUGUACCGUCUGUUCCCGAACAAGUACAAUCCUGCGAUCACCGAGGACUUUCGGUCUACCUACAUGGCAUACUUCCACCGCACCAUCACGAAACGUAUGUAUCGUUUCAUGAAAUCCCUGAAGCCGGGGGAAUAUUCCGUGGAACCGUUUCCGGGCGUGCCCUUCGACGUGACCGACAAGAAUGAGAAUAAAUUCUUCCCGGGGCUAUUACUGGUGAAAGGUUACAAAUACGUGUACAUCACCGCUGCAGGUGUGCACCACAUUGUCGAGCUGCUGAACAUGAACUGCAAGGGUACGAAAUUGGAUUCGUUGACCGUCCGUUACGCGAACGGUAAAACACAGAAAAUCGAACGUUGCAAACUGAAUUUUUAUCAAAUUUUACCAGCUUAUCGCAACUGGCUCGAACAGAAAGCCAAGACGAAGAAUAAAGAUUUCAUUCACUUCCCGCUGCGACCGUACGCGUUGACGUACCACGCAGCGCUAGGCCGCACGAUCAGCGAUACCAUCGAGCUCGACACGGAGUGCCCUAAGGCCAGCUCCGUAUACGUCGGUCUUUGCUGCCUGCCGUCCGAAUCGGCCAUCCGGAAGUUCCACGCCAAACGGGAUUUUCUAAGUUUCAUCGCCACCCGCUACAUGGAAGACGUGGACGACGGGAUGUAUUAUUACCGUUACCCGAUGACCGAUCCGAAAGGCCUGAUGAUCUUGGAACACCUCAAAACCUCGGAAGAUAGCGAUUACAUAAAGUCAUUCUUGAAGGACAUUCAGUGGACAACUGUGACAAACAUCAACAGCUUCGAGGGAUCGACUGGCGCCUUCCUGCGGAUCAAGCGCACCGUGUUUCAGAAGACUAAGAAAGAGAUCGAUGUCACGAUAUCCACGCCAUUGAUGGAGGUCACUAAAUUCAUUAAAGACAAUCCGACCGUAAUACUGGACACUAUGAAGAGUGCGUCGGGCGGUCUUAGUAAUAAAAGCGUGCAAUCGAAGGAAUACAGAAACUUGGAUGUGUACACGUCUUUGAGCAAGGAGUUCAGUAAAUGGAGACAGGAGAAUAAAGAGAGCAGCGAUUAUAUUAUUAUGCAUACGUUGGUAUGCGUCAAGUGUAUUAUUUUCAGUUUUGUGAACAUUAUACAUGUAAUCGCGUAUGGUGAUGUACAUGAGAAGGAAGGUCUUUAA